CUGACUCUCUCCCUCUCUCUCUUUUUCUCUGCAUUCAAUUCUAUUCAAAUUUCAGGGUUCAGGGUUCAACAACAACAACAUAAAUAAUCAGGAAUCUCUACAACAAGAAUCGAUCGGAAACUCAAGAACGAAGCAAUCUUUAUUUCCUCCAAGAUUCUUUCCGUUUAAUUUACGGUGGAGUUAAUCUAAAUUAAGUCAAGAUUAGGAGAGUACUUGGAGUCAUGGGAGGAGUAUGCUCUGGUGGGGGAGCAUCUCCUCAAGGUUCACCAGACAGAUUCCCCAGAAGCCCAAAUUUUAACGGAGUGUUUAAAAGGGGUAAUUGUUUCAAAGAUAAAAGGUUCGCAUCAUCUGACGAUUCUGAUUCUGAUGGUUCCGAUUUUAGUUUUGGUGGUCAAAAUGGGAGGAAAUUCGAUUGUGUUGAUCUACUCUUGUGUUCUCCACAAAAAAUUUCAGCAAGGAAGGAUAAAACAGUGAAUAAUAAAAAGGUAUCAAAAUCAGUCUCGUCGGAUGGCGUAGUUGUCCAAGAGCAGACCGGUGAGGCUCUAGACACAGCUGCAGGAACCGUGCCAAGGAUGCGAUCCGGAAGUACGUAUGUGCGUGGAACGUCAUCCCGAGAAAAUGAUGUUUGUAUUCACGCAUUUGAGAUUGCUAGCACUAUCACAAAAGGUGCAAAUAUUUUGAAAUCUCUUUCAAAGGAAAACAUGCAAUACUUGAAGCAAAGGAUUCUACAAUCAGAUGGAGUGCAAAGAUUGGUAUCCACUGAUAUGGAGGUGUUGCUAGCAAUUGCAGCUGCUGACAAAAGGGAGGAGUUUGCAUCUUUCUUGAGAGCGAUAGUUCGGUUUGGGAAUCUAUGUAAAGCUCCAGAAUGGCAUAAUCUAGGCCCCUACUUUCAAAAACUGGAUUUAGAUGGUAUCACUUACAAAAAAUCGAAAGAGGAGGCAGAAUCUACCAUGGAGGAACUUGUGUCUUUAGCUCAAAGUACUUCUGAAUUAUACCAUGAGUUGCACACACUCAACAAAUUUGAGCAAGAUCAUAGACGAAGGCUUGAGGAAGUAGAAUCCUUGCAGCUCAUUGGAAAAGAGGAUAGUCUUAGGUUGCUCAAUAUGGAGCUGAACCACCAAAAGAAGCUUGUAAGGAAUCUGAAAAAGAAAUCUCUUUGGUCGAAAGAUUUAGAAGAGGUCAUGGAAAAACUUGUCGAGGUCGUUAAGUUAAUACAUCAAGAAAUCUCAGAAGCCUUCGGCAAUACCUCUUCAACAGGUAUUAGCAGUGGACCAAAUCAAAAUUCUCACAGAUUGGGUCAAUCUGGUCUUGUGCUACACUACGCAAACAUUAUCAAUCAGAUAGAGAGCAUAUCAUGCCUCGUUUCUCAUCCUAAUUCCCUUCCCCCUAAUACAAGGGACACACUCUACCAAGGAUUGCCGCCUAACGUUAAAGCAGGUCUUCGGUCUCACCUACAGUUGGUUGACCCAAUGAAGUUCACAGAACUACAGAUUAGAGCUGAGAUGGAAAAGACCUUAAGUUGGCUUGUUCCUUUAGCUUCAAACACAACAAAAGCUCAUCAAGGUUUUGGAUCAGUUGGAGAAUGGGCUAAUACUUGCAACACUUUCAACAAGAGGCCGAAUAUCCAGAAUAACAGCACCCGACUUCAAACACUCUACCACGCUGACAAGGAGAAGACAGAGUUAUGCAUUCUUGAACUAGUUACAUGGCUUCACCACCUAAUCAGCCGAAUAAGGCAAAGAUAUUACGGAAUCAAGCCUUUAAUGCCCGUCCGAUCUUCAAAACCAAAGAAGAAUUUGGUUUUACGAUUACGAAUUCAACAAGACCAACCCGGCAGCAAUGCAAGUUCAAUUGCUGAUGCUCCACCUUCUACUAGUACUAACACUAGAAUCGAAAAGAUUCACCAACUUCCUAAACAAGACCAAAGCCUGUUGCAACAUGCUGGCAUGAAAACAAUCUCAAAUCCUGGAAUAAGUAAAAGUCAGGAUUUGUCAACAAUGGCAAAGGGAAAAAUGAAGGUAGAGGAAAUGAGACAAACAAGAAUGAGCCAGAGUUGUGACCAGACUCCAACUUCGAGCAGAGAUGAAUUAAUGAUGAUGAGGUUAACCCAAGAUUUGGAGAGCACUAUUGCAAGGACUAACACAAAUGGUAAAGUUCAUCCUUUGAAUCAACAAGACAAUGAAACACCUUAAAAAAAUUCAAGUUUUUACCAAUUUUCUUGACGUGAAUUUUGAUUCAUUUUUUUUUUUUUUUUGUAUAUGUAUAUGUUUACAUAUAUUAUUGAUGGGAUGGGGGUAUAUCUAAAUACAAUAAUCUGAUCCUUUCUUAAUUUGAACGGACAAAUUGAGUUCACUUAAAAUGAAGGGAGGGAUAUUGAUGUAUAGUGUUAGUACUGAUUGAGUGUAAUACUGAGUGUUUUUUGGUUGGUAAAAACAAGAAUGAACUUGGCUAAGGAGGGAAUGUAUAUCUUGAGAAAAUAACAAAAUGAAAUGGCCGAUUGAAACUGCA